GCGCAGCUCAUACCUCAUACACUGAAACACGCGCGCAAGUUGGCGACGUCAAGUCCUCCGCUACACACCUCACCUCUUUUCCGCACCAGUCCACCACCACCGCCUGCUCCGCCGUCAUCACGCAGUGCCAUCGCAAACGACUCUAGAGCCCACGAACCUUUCGCUCAGGCAGCUACACCCGCGACACAUCUCCGACCAACUCCGCCAGGCAUGGCUAUGGCUGGGCUCAAGACCAUUAUCGUACUCUCCUUCAUCCUGGCGAUUGGCUUCCUCCUCGUCAUCCUCUCCUCAGCGCUGUUCGAAUCCUACCUCACACUGCUCGUGGUCGCAACCUACGUAAUCGCACCUCUACCGAACUGGAUAUGUUCGAAAGCCCAAGCGCACGAUGACUUCAUGGACAGCGGGAACAACAGCAUAGUCGAGCUGGGCAGAUUCUUGACAGGCUUCCUGGUGGUGAUGGGCAUUGCACUACCAAUCGUCCUCGCACAUUGCGAUCAGAUCAAGAUUCCGGCCAUGAUUAUGAGUAUUAUCGGCGGCCUCCUCAUCUACGGCACCAUUAUAUCCUUCGGCUUGUUCUUCCGAGAGCAGGAAGAGUUCUAGAAGGCGAGCCACCUCGCUUGUGCCGCAGCUCUUUAUGCACAGACCGAGCAAACCAGCGCCGAAGUUUUCCAUCUCAUCUCUCAUCUUCAUAAAUAGCACCCUCCAGAUGGUCUGACAAGCUGGACCUCGAAGCUCCGUUGCCUCGACCAGAGAUGCCUUCAACCGCUCGCUCUACCCCACAAACCUUAGAUCCCUGCGCUGCAAACAGAGAGGCAUCGCCGCUGUUGCUGUGGACCUGGGCACCUGUUCCUUCCCCUUCUGGGCGCCUCCUUGUUGGUUGCGGUCCUUGCUCCGACAUGGUUGUUGUUAUGUGAUUUCCGCUCACUCCGCACUGUUGAAAAUUUCGCUCCCAACACACACCGCAACCAUUUGGCA